AUGCCGAACGUGUCCAUAUCGUCGUCCUCAGCUCCAGCUUAUCCGACGGACCACUUUGCAUCUUCCGACCAGCUCUGUUACGUCCAUUGCCACUUCUGCGACACUUUCCUCGCGGUGAGUGUUCCUUCGAGCAGCUUGUUGAAAACGGUGAUGGUUCGAUGCGGUCACUGCGCCAAUCUCUUGUCUGUGAACAUGAGAGCCCUUUUUCUUCCUCCUGUCUCCAACCAGCUUCAUCUCCCCCACUCCUUUUUUACUCCUCCUCCUCCUCAUCUCUUGGAGGAGAUGCGAAACGGAACACCGAACUCGAGUGUGGUUAUGGCUCACGACCCGAACGAGUCACUGGUCGUGCCGAAUCGGAUGGGAAGGCUCGAUUUUCAGGAGAUCCCUAAGCCCCCACCCGUCAACAGACUUCCGGAGAAGAGGCCGAGAGUGCCAUCUGCUUACAACCGCUUCAUGAAGGAAGAGAUUCAACGUAUAAAGGCAGGAAAUCCGGAUAUCAGCCAUAGAGAAGCCUUCAGCGCCGCCGCCAAAAACUGGGCCCAUUUCCCUCACAUACACAUACACUUGGGUCUAAUGCCUGAUCAUCCGCCCAUGAAGGCUAACGUGCGCCAGCAGGAAGGAGAAAAUGCGGUGGUGAGGAGAGAAGGGUUCUAUGGCUGA